CCGCGAUCAACUCCAUAUCAUCGUUAGCAUAGAAGUUAUGCACAUUUUCAUGUUUUACAGUUUUUUGCCAAUUUAUCAUUAUUUUAUUAAUUUCAUUUGUAUAUAGUUUUUGCAAGUAGAAAACAUCUAAAGUACGUUUGGUGUAGAGAGAAAAAAUUGAUUGUUUAACAUUUACUUAACUCUAGUAAACAAAAUAUUUAUCUUGUAAUUUAUAAGAAAUUUCAUCUCAAUGAGCAUACGAUACAGUAUCUAUUCACUAUCGCUUAUCACUUAUUAGUGACCAUCAGAGUAGUAUACUACAACACUGAGGAUACGCGUCAAUUGUUAAUUAACUCUCUGGUAAAAUUAUUUUAGUUUGGAAUUAUCAGUAAUCUUUACUGUCGAAAUAAAAAAAUGAAGUGUGUACUAUUUGCUGGAAUUAUAGCAUCUAUUUUCAUUUUUGGAGAAGCUCUGGAAUGUUAUCAUACUCAUGUAAUUAAUAAAGUUUACCCAAUUGAUCAAUCAAUUGAAUGCUUGCAACAAUCGGAUCAAUGUGUCAAAGUAUCAUCUGGCUUCAUAAAUGGGACAUCUUUGUUAUUCCGUUCUUGUACCGAAAAUGCCUUAUCAUUUAUAAUAGCUAUAAGUGUGUUCGUGGAAAAUAAGACUCUUAGUUAUAUGAAUCUGGAUUUUUGUGAUACUGACAAUUGCAAUAGUGCUCAAUCAAUUUAUGCAAUUCUUUCGACCAUACUUACAAGUCUUUUUGUAUCUAUUUUCACAAGUUAUUAACUUUUUAAAACUGUUAGCAAAGAAAUAUAGUAAAAAUUAUACUAUAAAUUACCAUUUGUAUUCUAUAAAAAUGAAGGAGUGGAAAUUAUUGCGAAAUAGUAAUAAGACUACAACUUGAAACAGCAUUAUUAUAAUUAUAGAAUCAGUGAAUACUUAUUACUUUACACCCGCUUGCAAUAAUUUUCAUGAUGUUAUUUUAAAAGAGUAUCAUGUAGAAAAUAGAAUCAAUUCAUUAAAUUAUAGUUAAUAUUCUUGAGUUUAAUGCUCGAAUUAAUUGUUAUGAAAAAAGUAUAUUUACUAUCAAUAAAGUAUAUUUUCUCCUAGCCAUAAA